AUGAUUAUUAGCAAAAACAUGCAAUUGUUUUAAAUUAUUAUAGAACCAAUUCCAAUUAUAUCACCUUAUAAUAAUAUUUCUAUAUUUUGUGACUUAAUACAUUUGAUAUUUAUAUUAAUAAAUAUAGUAAAAAUACCUUUAGAAAUAAGUUUCGAUAUUUCAAUUUAAAGAUAUAAUAAUAUUGAUUUCGCAAGUUAAAUAGUGUUUUUAUCAAACUUUUUAUUAACAUUAAAUACUGCAUAUUAUUAUAACGGAGUAUUGGAAAAAACUAGAUCUAAAAUAAUAAAGCAUUAUUUCUAAAAGAAAUUUAUAUUAGAUUUAAUCGCCUAUUAUAUGUUAUGGUUUGUUCCAUUUUAACUAUAAAUAUUUAAAAUUACAUUUAUAAUAAUAAAAUUUUUAAAUUAUUAUUCAAUAAUAGAAAAAAUAACUGAUGCUUUUUAACUUUCAAGUAAAUAUAGUUUUAUUAUAAGUAUUUUCACUCUACUUAUUGAAGUUGUAUUUCUUUGUCAUGUUUUUGCUUGUAUGUGGCAUGGUUAAGCUUAAAUUUAAAUUCAGAAUGGAUCUUUGGAUACUUGGCUACAUAAAUAAUAAAUUACUGAAUCAUCUGUAUAUACUAGAUAUGUUUACUCUAUUUAUUUUUCAGCUAUUACUAUUGGAACUGUUGGAUAUGGUGAUAUUACUCCUAAUAACGAUUUAGAAAGGCUUUUUAUUUCUUGUGUUGCUAUUAUAUCAUCAGGUAUAUUUGCUUAUAUUUUAAGUAAUAUUUAAAAUGUUUUUCGAGAAUAUAGAGAAAAAUAAGAAGAUUAUAGAUUAUAAUUAAUAGAUAUGAAUACUUAUAUGAUGAAUAGGGAAGUUAACCCCUAAUUAUAAUAAAUGGCUAGAAAAUAUCUGGAAUAUGUAAAUGCUUAAGGUUAUAACCAUAAAUAUAUCCCAUCCGAUUCUUUAAACAAUCUAAGUCAAAUCCUUAAGAAAGAAAUAACCCAAGAAAUAUUCUUAAGAUCAAUCUAAAAAAUUCCUUUCUUUUAAAAAAAUUUUAGUGAAAAGUUGUAAAAAGCUAUAUCUGAUAAAAUGUAAGAAAUAAGUUACGGUCCAGAUGAAGUUAUAUAAAAAAAUGAAGCACAAAUUCCUAGAUUAUAUAUAAUAUUAAAAGGAUAAGUAGAACUCUAUGUAGAUAAUUAUAAAGCAUUAAUAAUUCUAUUAAUAAAAGUAAAUCGUUUAAGAUUUUAAAGAAAGAUUAGAUAUUUAAUUUAUAUGAUUUUGUUUCUUAAAAUUAUAAUCCAUAUAUUAGUGCUAGAAGUAUAGGUGUUAGUACUGUACAUUAUAUCUAAUUAGAUGACUUUUUAGAAACAUUAUAAUAAUUUUCGGAAGAUAAGGAGAUAUAUAAUAAUUUAAAAGAUAGACUAAUUUUACAUAAAAAUUAAAUUAAAUUAAAGGAAUAUUGCUUAUCAUGUAAAAGUGAUCAUCAUUAAAUAAAAGAUUGUCCAUUAUUUUUUUAUAAACCAAAUUUACAAAAAAUAAUAAAAACUUAUCUAAAUAAAGAAAAAGAAUUUCGAUAAAUAUUUUAAAGAAAUAAAAAUAGGAAAAAAUCUAAGUCUCUUAUAGAAAUGUAAUAAUUAAAUUUCUAUUAUCAAUAACAAAAGUAAUAUUUUAAUGAUUUAUAUUAAUUUAUGA